CUUCACUGAAAAAAAGGUUGAGAACCACUGAUAUAGGAUAUAAAUAAAUUAUGUCAUACAUAGCAUAUGGUAAUAGGAAUAGAAUAUAAACAUAAUAGAAAAAUAGAAUAUUAACUGUGAUCCUCUUAUGCAAAUAUAAUGUAAAAACAAUGACACCAAACCAAAUAAAGCCCACUUCAGCAGAGUUGUGCAAGUGAAGUGUUCCCCCCCUGCGGAGGAGGUGAUGAGGGUGGGGAUGUUAGGGGGUGAUUGGUAUCUAUUUCUCUGCAUCUUCUGUUAGACUUUUCUGUUAGACUACUUUACUUCCUGCACAUGCCCACACCCAUUUCCUCCACCGGCUUCAACUGAGUCAGACAUAGACACACUGCAGUGCCAUUUGAUUCAAUUAACCGCCAGGGAUCUCCUUUUCUUUGGUUUCUUCUUCUCCGAACACGAUAGCCUCAUGCCCAAAAAUACCUGAAGCUGUCCCAGAUGGAGGAUACAUCAUGGUGCCUUAGGCUUUUACCAGUUAUCUUCUUCUUCGUCUCCUUUGUCGCCUACUACUGUUCCUAUGCCAUAAUUCAGAGCUACACAGGCACCAGCAAGUAUGUCUUCAGCAGCAAGUCUCCGUGUGGUGGCUGGUUGACGCAGAAGAAGUGGGAGAGCCUGAACUUAAGCAUUAGCAGACAAACACAGCUCUUUCUCAAACUGGAGGAUUUCUUCUGGCGGGAACACGUGUCCAAUUUGGCGCUACCUUACGGCAUAAAAGGCAGUGAGAUGCAACUACUGAAGGUUCUUGCAGUAACUAAUUAUCAGGUCCCAGCCAUCAUAGACAACCUCGAAUGCAGAACCUGUGUUGUCAUCGGCAACGGCUUCGCCAUUAAAAACACUUCCUCAGGAGGCAUCAUUAACAAAUAUGAUGUGGUCAUUCGGUUGAACGACUCUCCCAUAAGGGGCUACGAGGAAGAUGUGGGGAACAAGACCACCAUGAGGUUCUUCUACCCAGAGUCCGCCUCCUACAACCCAGGCUUGAACAACGAGGCCGGCACCCUCAUGGUCUUGGUGCCGUUCAAGCAACAGGAUCUACGGUGGCUCAAGGAGAUCCUCUACAAUGAGAAGAGGGUCAGGAAAGGCUUCUGGAAGCCUCCUCCCCAAAUCUGGCUCGGUGACGUGGGUCAAAUCCGAGUGCUCGACCCGCACUUUUUGCACCAGACGGCGGAGAAGCUGCUACGGAUCCCCCUGAACCCCAAGAAAAACCAGAACUCGGCACAUCCCACCACGGGCAUCCUCGCCGUCUUCGUCGCUCUCAACUACUGCGACGUGGUCCACAUAGCAGGUUUUGGCUACCCCAUCUCCAAAAGCAUCAAUCACCCCAUUCAUUACUACGGCUAUGACACCAUGAAGUCCAUGAAGCACUCUCACCAUGACCUCAAUAAUGAAGCGGAAGCCUUAAAAAGACUGGAGGACUCUGGUGCCAUCUUGUACUUGCACCCGCAUUCAUGAUCCAGGUUUUCCACACUUCAAAUUGAGGUCAUGUGAUCUUCCAAGCAAAAAGGAACUUAAAAAAAAAAAAAACUUUCAAAGCAAUGUGCUGCACUAUUUUAUUUUUUUUUUACACACGAUUGAACACUUUUUGCAUCAAUCCAUAGACUUUUGGUCAUUCCGACAGCAAUUUAGCGAUGAUUCCACAUGAUCUCCUAUUCAUGUUUAUAUUUGUUCAUAUCAGAAUUUAAUCACUUUCUAACUACUAAAAUCACGCAACACAAAACAUGUUUCUUGGACUGGAAAUAUUGACUUGUAAAUUACUUUUCUAAUUUUUAAUUUAUUGAUUUUUUUUUUUUUUUUUUUUUUUCAAAAGCGAUAUCAGUGAUACUGGUACCACUGGAUAUUUUUAUUGCACAGAAUGAAGUACUUUUUUUCUUUUCUUUUUUUUUUAUUAAAAAAAAAGUUUUUUGUACAUAAAGUGAAACUGGUGGCAUUUGUCGGUCAUACCAUGGUAGGCCGCUAGAUGGCACUCAAUCUAAGUGCAAUUUGAAGUUGGGCAAUUUAUUGUAAUAUGAAAAACAAUGUUGCACAUAAUGGAGUAACUUUUAAUUAAAUAUAUAGAUUAAACAGUAAUAUAAAAAAAACUACUAUUGAUGCAGUCAUUCAUUGCAUUAACAAUGAAUGAUCUAAAUUUUUUUGCAGGUUUACCUAAUUUAAUAUACAAUUAUUAAAUUGAUGGUACUAAUAUAAUAUAUAAAAAUAUAUAUUUUUUCUAAUAAAAAAUAUAGUGAUAUUUUUAUUAAAUGGAAGGAUAUUUUACGUAAAAUACCUCUAUUUUGAAGUUGCAUGUAUACAGAUAAACACCAGUGGUUAUUAAUAUUAUUUCUGCUUUAUUGUCUAUGCAUAACGUAACACAGUAAUUAGUGAUGGUGUAGUUCUCAAUGUUGCCACUGGAUGUCACUAUAUCCCCCACGCGCUGAGGAGGCGUUUGUUUUUUUAAUGGACAAUAAAACUUGACAAAAUACCAGAGGUGGGACCAAGUCAUUGUUUUGCAAAUCACAAGUCUCAAGUCUUUGCACUCAAGUCCGAGUCAAGUCUCGAGUCGAGUGCAAGUCAAAACUGAAAAGUCUCAAGUCAAGUCCCAAGUCCUGCAUUUUGAGUUUCGAGUCAUUUCAAGUCCUUUUAACCACAGACUAAUAUAUUUACACAGAUUGUGUAUGCUUUUAAAACGCUGUAUGUAUUUAUUAUAAAAGAAAAUAGUGCUGACAUUGCACUUCAUAAUAGCACUAUUAACCAGUUAUUUUAAACAUGUAACUCCUUCCUUUACAGAAUAAACACAUUUGAAAAAACAA